AUGGUUCCCAACCGCAACGCAGACAACAAAUACAAAUGCUACUGCUCAGUGUGCAGAGUUCGAUAUGGAGGAUAUAACACUGUAUCCGCCCAGACAUUAAAGCGUCAUGAAAAAGCCGAGAAAAUUGUAGAGAUUAUGCAGAACAAUAUCUGUAUGCAAUAUAAUUAUAUUUUUAUUUAUUUCAAGAACGAGAUAAUCGAAGAGACAUUUGAGGUCGAAAGCAAUGAAGAUACUAUAGAUUAUAUCUUUGAAUCGAAUGACAAUGAAGUAGAAACACCCACUCUGACCAGGGACCUACCUCUUUCUGAGUCUGAUGCUGUGUUUGGUAUUGAAGGCAAGGAAUACACUGGAAGAAACGAUUUCGACAAUGAAGAAUAUGAAACCAAUGGUGAAAUGAGUGACGAUGAAGAGAGUAUAGCAAUUUGA